CACGAUGCACCAGCACUCAAGCGAGCAGACAUCGGUAUAGCAGUGGAUGACUCCACAGACGCUGCCAGGAGUGCCUCCGACAUUAUCUUGACCCAACCGGGGCUUAACGUGAUAGUCGCAACUAUACUAACAAGCCGAGCCAUCUUCCAAAGAAUGAAAAACUACACAAUCUACGCAGUCUCCAUCACCAUCCGAAUUGUGACGGGGUUCAUGCUCAUUGUUGUCAUAUGGAGUUUUGACUUCUCGUCUUUCAUGAUUCUUGUCAUCGUUAUUCUUAACGAUAGCACCAUCAUGAUGAUCUCCACUGACCGGGUUAAACUGUCACCACUUCCCGACUCGUGGAAGGUCAAUGAGAUUUUCGCCACUGGUAUCGUCCUCGGGACUUAUCUAUCACUUGUUACUGUUUUGUUCUUUUGGCUAUCCUCCAGAACCGACUUCUUCCCCAGGCUUUUUGGUGUUCGAUCGAUUGUUGGAAAUGAUGAUGAGGUCACCCCAGCGCUAUACCUUCAAGUGCGCAUCAUUAGUCAAGCACUCAUAUUUGUGACGAGAUCUCAAAGUUGGCCAUUCCUCGAGCGCCCUAGCACCUUGCUCAUGCUCGCAUUCGUACUAGCUCAGAUAGUAUCGGGCUCCAGAGUUACUUCUUCGGCCCAAAAUAUGGCUCUGUAGUUGGUGAGUUGAUGGGACUUUUGUAGUGAUGUUUCUUCAACCGUAUUACAAUGCUGGUGGACUUAAUAUUUUCUUCAAAAUCGCCUUGAAGCUUUUACAAUAUUUUCCGGUAAAAGGUUUUUA